AUGCCUGCAGACGAUUUCUUUACCAAUAUUCUCCAUAUUCCUCAUGACUGGCGAACAAGCGAAAAGAUAAUAUCUCUGAUUAGAGCCAUCAAAGACGACGCCGCAUUCAUACAACAUGUAAAGGCCUACAGCGAACUAUGCCAAGAGGGCCCUCCCUGCAAAAGUGCCUUCGAUGCUCUAUGUGCCACCAACGACUCAAGUCCAGGCGUUUAUCGACAAGACGUGAAGCCGGCAAAUGACGGGCUACAAAAGGACGACCACGACACUCCAGUGGGCGUUCUUCGCGCCAUGUUCAACAGUUCAAGAAACGUAGUUGGCAACAUGGUAGACGAUGAGCUGGAACAUAACUUCUCUUGCGUGCAGACGAUGCACUGGCAGGAAUUCAAAUCCAAGGUGUCCGACCUCAACGAGGGCACCGACGCCAUCUAUAGAGUUCUAACAAUUGGUAGGGGGUAUCCUCAGGAGAAAGCGCAUCGAGACCCUGGCGUUAUCCUACCCCUCGACAAGUCGACCACCUCAAAGAAGCGGCAUCGUUCGGAAGACGACACUUCUCGUGUCCUCUCCAAGUAUGCACGAUCUGGGAUGGCAGCUGAAGUUUCGGAUGCCAGGAAAGCGUCUGAAAAUUUGGUGACACUCAGUUCUGUGACAAAAGUUACGGCCGGAGAUGAAGAAGAAUCCAAGGCGCGUCCAGCCGUACGGCCCCAGUGUGGUCUUUAUGCCCUCGAUAUGGUUUCCAGCACUAGCUUUCGUACCCGUUGUAUUGGUGUUCUCGUUGCGCUGGGACGAGUACAACUCAUUUACUACGAUUGCUCGGUCAUUAUUGUGUGUGACCCGAUUGACAUGUUCGAACGGGACGCCGAGCCGAAGUGGACUAACGUCGACCCACUCAAGCGAUGGGAUAUCCUGGAAGCAUUCUGUGACGACAAGGUUCUCAUCGAUAACCCUUGCAUCCAUAUGGACAGAUGUGGCGACCCCAAGGAUGGAAAAGGUCUCAAGUUCAAGCUCUACGAUGAUAAAAUGGUUGAGGUCACCCUCGGCCAAAUUAUAUCGCGCGCACCUGGCAUCGUGGGUCGAAACACUUGCGUAGUCGAGGCAACAUCAGAACACGAAGGUCGAAGAUCGGAGGCGGAGUUGGUCAAGACGGCUAGAGAGAAGGCGCUAGCGAUGACACGAGGGAAAAAGCCAGACUGGGCCCUAGACCAUCUACCCGACAUUCUCCUUUCUCAAGACGUUGGCUACGACGCAGAUUCUACUCAGGCAAAUCUAGCAAAUUUCUUCGAAAAUGCACUAUUGGCAGACAAGAUGACGGUCGACUACGAAAAACGCGUCUGUCGAAUCACGGUUCAGGAAAGGUUGUAUCCUUUCGAGGAACUGAAGACGGCCAAAACGUAUGCUCAAGUCUUUUUCGACAUUUUACAAAUUCACAAAUGGCUGUAUGAUCACCCGAGGAUCCUCCAACAGGAUAUCAGUCCAGGGAAUAUCAUAUGGCGCCGCAAUGCCAACGGGGACCUAUGCGGAGUCCUUAACGAUUUCGACCUGUCCACUCUUCGAGAUGCCACUGGCCCUUCUUCGGCUCAGCGUACCGGAACUCUGCCCUACAUGGCGUAUGAACUUCUCAUCAACGACAAGAAGGGAUAUCCGCCCAAGCACCUCUAUCGCCAUGGUGUGGAAUCUAUUUUCUACGUCAUUUCACUGCUCUGUUAUCGUUACAAACUUUUGACUACGUCAGACUCUGAUGAACCCGAGAUUUUGAAACGCAUAAAAGUCCCUUCUGACUUUGACGACUGGUACAAACUCAGCCGCCCAAAGUUGAAAAAGGAGAAAGGCGAUCUUUUCAUGGAUGUCGCUCGCACAGUGAACAAUGGCUUCGCUGACUUUCAGCCCUGGUUAAGUGACCUUCACCAACAGCUCAGAGAUGGACAUCAUGCUCGAGGUUCCCAUAUCACCCGCCGAAGACGCGGCAAAGCCACUGGACCCUAUGACGACGAAACUCCACAGGGCCACGUUUCAUACUCUAUUGUCCUUGAUAUUUGUCGUCACUUCCCUGGAUCGCCCCUCGUCGUACACAACGACCAGCCUAAAGAGGCAGCCUAA